AUGAUCACUGGGGCUGUAUUUAAAAAUGAGGAAAAAUGUUGUGAUGAUCACCCUCAUAAUUCAUCUAAUUUCGAAAACAUAUUAGAAAACUCUGGAACCAUAUCCGACCCUUCGUCAAAUUUAAAUAUGAAUGGUAUGAACUACUUCAAAGAAUAG